AUGGCAAGUCGCGACGACGAAAACGGACGACUGGCAUAUGCCGAGUACUGGGACGGGCGAUAUACUGAGACGGUCGAAGGCGAGGAGCAGGUCCAUGAAUGGCUCCGCUCAUUCGAGGACCUGGAGGAAUUCUUCAACCUACGCCUCUUCCAAGCCUACCCUCCCGCCGCAGAGCCGCACAUCGUCCAUCUGGGAUCCGGCGACAGUACAAUCCCGCAGCAUCUGGCCGCCAAAGGCUACAAUCGCCAGCUUUGCGUUGAUUUCUCCGCUGUCGUCGUGAAGACCAUGUCUCAGCGCCACGUCGACUUGAGGCUAUCAGACGUGAUCCGGUGGGAGAUGAUGGAUGUGCGCCAUAUGGAUAGCAUUGCCGAUGCUUCGGUUGACGUCGCCUUUGAUAAAAGUACACUCGAUGUUAUGAUACAUGGAAGUCCUUGGAACCCUCCCGACGACACUGUCAAGAACACUGGCGAGUACCUGCGAGAGGUAUCUCGCAUCCUCAAACCCAGUGGAGUUUACCUUGCUGUUUCCUACCGCCAGCCACACUUCGUGAAGCCACUUUUGGAGUGUGAGGGGACCAACUGGGACAUUGACAUUGAGCAUUUGGGAGCUGAGGGCUCAUUUGGUUACUCUGCAAUUAUUUGUAAACCACUGCCUAGAUCGUAG